GAGCGCUCCACUCUGUGUAGAGCGAGUGAAGAUGGCGGACGUGUUGAGUGUCCUGCGUCAGUACAACUUCCAGAAAAAAGAAGUCGUCGCUAAGGGAGAUGAGGUUAUUUUUGGAGAAUUUUCUUGGCCUAAAAAUGUUAAAACCAACUACGUUAUCUGGGGCACGGGCAAAGAGGGUCAACCCAAGGAGUAUUACACCUUGGAUUCCAUCUUGUUCCUUCUUAACAAUGUCCAUCUUCCUCACCCUUCCUACGUGCGUCGAGCUGCAACUGAAAACAUUCCUGUUGUAAGAAGACCAGACAGAAAAGAUCUCUUAGCUUAUCUGAAUGGAGAAAGCUCCACUUCUGCAAGCAUUGACAGGAGUGCGCCAAUUGAGAUUGGCUUGCAAAGACCCACACAAGUUAAAAGAGCUGGAGAUGAUAUAUCGGCAGAAGCAAAAAAGCCAAGGAUAGAGGAUGAAGAGCGUGUACGACUUGACAAAGAGCGAUUGGCUGCUCGUCUUGAAGGGCACAAAGAAGGCAUUGUACAAACAGAUCAAAUUAGAUCUCUUUCAGAAGCUAUGUCAGUUGAAAAGAUUGCUGCUAUUAAAGCCAAAAUUAUGGCAAAGAAAAGGUCAACUAUCAAAACUGACCUGGAUGAUGACUUAACGGCUCUGAAACAAAGAAGUUUUGUGGAUGCAGAGGUGGACGUAACUCGUGAUAUUGUCAGCAGGGAGCGAGUAUGGCGAACAAGAACAACAAUCCUACAGAGCAGUGGAAAGACUUUUUCUAAGAAUACCUUUGCAAUCCUCCAGUCUGUGAAAGCAAGAGAAGAAGGACGUGCGCCUGAACAAAGACCAGCACAAAAUGCAACACAGGCGGAUCCUACUUUGAGAAACAAGCAACCAGUGCCAGCUGCUUAUAACAGAUACGAUCAAGAAAGAUUUAAAGGAAAAGAAGCGGAAACUGCAGAUUUUAAGAUUGAUACCAUGGGUACCUACCAUGGUAUGACACUGAAGUCAGUGACUGAAGGAGCAUCAGCAAGAAAACCCCAAGCUCCUGCAGUUCAGCCUGUUCCUAGACCAGUUUCCCAAGCCAGACCUCCUCCUAAUCAAAAGAAAGGCUCUCGAACUCCUAUUAUUAUAAUUCCUGCAGCUGCUACUUCAUUAAUAACCAUGCUUAAUGCCAAGGACCUUCUCCAAGACCUGAAGUUUGUACCUUCUGAGGAAAAGAAAAAACAAGGGUUUCAGAGAGAAACUGAAGUUUUGUUACAGAGGAGGAAAGAUCAAAUUCAACCUGGCGGAACAACAUUAAGUGUAACUGUACCAUACAGGGUGAUAGAUCAACCCCUCAAACUUGCAACUCAAGACUGGGAUCGAGUAGUGGCUGUGUUUGUGCAAGGUGCUGCUUGGCAGUUUAAGGGAUGGCCAUGGCUGCUUCCAGAUGGAUCUCCGGUAGAUAUUUUUGCAAAAAUCAGAGCAUUCCACCUCAAGUAUGAUGAAGUAAAGAUGGACCCUAAUGUGCAGAAGUGGGACGUUACUGUUUUGGAACUGAGCCAUCACAAAAGACAUUUGGACAGACCUGUGUUUUUGCGUUUCUGGGAAACCUUAGACAAGUACAUGGUAAAGCACAAAUCCCACUUGAGAUUCUGAGUCCUCUGGCUGCCACUCAUUUCCUGCAGUUUGGAUUAAGAAAUAUGAGCGCUGCCCCUGUCAUGGGACUAGGACUGUUUAACCACCGUGUCUGAGAACUGUCAAGAGCUUCAUCACUCAAGAGCAGCUCAUAUCCACUCGAACCUGCUUGUCGGAGGGCUUUCUGCAUUGGCAAAAAGAUUGUUGUCUGCCUUAGCUAGAAAUAACCAUUUGUGCUGCAGUUUCCUUUUUUGGGGAAGGGUGUGGGGUCCAGACCUUAGACUGUCAUCUAGUUAAUGUACCAAAAGUAUAUAUUUUAAUAGCUCAGUUUCUAUUUUCAUCCUGGAGAACUUAAUUUACUUCUACCCCAUAUCCAAAGCCAAUUUUGAGCCAAAACCCCAAAAUAAAGUCUACUGCUCCUAAAAUUGGAUGAUGUGGUACUUAAUAUUUGUUCAUUUUUUGCAUUGUAAAAAUUAUUUUUUAUUUUUUUAAAGAGUCGAAGGCACCCGUAGAUGUCUCUGACUUGGAUUAUAAUUCAGACUCUUAGGAGCUGAAAAUGUUCCAUAGUGGAAAAAGUGUGUCGGUGAAAACAAAAGA